AUGUCGGGUAAAAACUUCCAGGGACUGACAGAAAAGGCUGAAGGUGCAGCAAAAGAUGCUGCAAACACGCUGGGACAGGCCACUCAGAAUGCAGUCAACCAGAUUACAGACGCAAGCCAGAAAGCUAUCGACAAGGCUUCCAAGAUGGCUCAGGAUGGGGUAGAAAAAGCAGCUGGACAAGCUGCAGAAGCAAUGUCUGGCUUUGGGAAAAAAUGUGGAUUUAAGAAAUGA